AUGUUUCCGUUCCCGCCCCCAACCCUGUUUCGUCAAUAAACGGUCAGAAGUGGAUUUGUGCAAACUUAGAAAGCCUAAGUAGUGAAAGACAGACUCAUCCAGUGUCCUUCACAAGUGCUCCCCAUCCUCCUCCCUUGUCUCUCUUUUUCUCUCCAUUCCAGAGCUAAGAGACUAGCUCUCUCAAAUGGAAGGAGGAGUCGGUCUCCCAUGGAGGAGUUGGGUCAGGGGUCGCAGAAUCGGAGAGGGCUCCUUUGGGGCUGUGUGCCUGGCCGUGGACAGGUCCAAUGCUCAAGUUUUCGCGGUAAAGUCUGUUAAUUUGAAUUCCUCCCCUCUUUCUUCCACCGAGGCUUUGGAAAAUGAGAUCCAAAUCCUCCGGUCCGUCAGCUCGCCUUACAUCGUCUCCUACCUCGGCGAUGACACCACCCAAGAAUCUCCUACUAACUUGUGGCGGAACCUGCACCUGGAGUACAUGCCCGGCGGGACCGUCGCAGACUUAGCAGCCAGGAAUGGAGCCAUCGCCGAGCUGGAAGUGCGGAGCUACACCAGAUGCAUAGCCCAUGCGCUGCACUACCUCCACUCCGUCGCCGGUGUCGUGCACUGCGACGUCAAGGGCCGUAAUGUGCUCGUAGGCCUAAGCCCCGGCGUCGCCAAGCUCGCCGAUUUCGGAUCAGCUACGAGGAUUUCCAGCAUAGAUGGCGAUAAGCAAUACACGCGGGGAACGCCGCUAUGGAUGGCGCCCGAGGUUGUCAGAGGCGAGCGGCCGACGACGGCAUCCGACAUCUGGUCCCUCGGGUGCACCGUCAUCGAAAUGCUCACCGGAGCGCAACCAUGGCGAAGUUCCGGCCCCGACGCUCUGUUCCGGGUUGGUUUCGGCGACGAGGUGCCUGAAUUCCCGGUCAGGUUAUCCAAGACAGGUCGGGAUUUCCUCGACAAGUGUUUGAGAAGGGAUUCGACCGAGAGAUGGACCGGCGAGCAAUUGCUGCAGCAUCCUUUCUUGGCCGACGAUGACUUGAACGCCACCGGGCCGUCGCCGAGGAGUGUGCUCGACCGGGUUAAGUUGGAAUCCUGUGACGACGAGGGAAAUUCUUCAGCCAAUUAUAUUCAUGGUAUGGAUUCUGAUGAGGUCAUGAACCGUGCGAGGGAGAGGGUGAGGGAAUUGGCUUUGGAUGGAACAGUGGUGAGCUGGGAGAGUGACGGGUGGGAGGCGGUUAGAUCGGCGGGCGAGCCCGGUCCGGUGGGGGGAGGGGAAGGGAUAUACCGGGAAUAUUUGGAUUGUUUCGGCGAGGAACCGGGGGAAUGGGGUGGGAGCGGCGGCGAGGCAAGUGCAGCUGUAACCGCCGGGUGGCUCCCCAUACAUGCGAAGGCAUUUGACACUCUUUCGCAUCGUAACGAUGAUAAUGAGAACUUGGAUGCAUCAUGCAUCUGA